UGCGCGGCUUGGGACGGACUGCCUUGGGCGCCCUACAUUCGCCGCCGACUCCCCACGGCCACUCACCCCCGCCUCCGACGAAAACCGCCGCCUCACACGCAUCGCCGCCGUCGCCGUUCCUCUUCUCCUUCCUCUUCGUCGGGGCAUCGAGAUCGUGCUGUCUCCACCCCGUCCUUUCAGGAUGAGUACUGAAGACUCAAAAGACAUGCUGAAGAAUGCGGACUGGAAGACAGUGAGUGGUUCAGUAACCACCGAGUCAAGCCAGCCGGUUGUCAAGAAGCGUCUUCCGAAGAAAAUCAGACAAGUCCCUGAGUGUUACUUCCUGCCUCGACGAUCUUUGCCUUCUGCAUUGGCUAUCUAUGGUGCUAUUUGUGUUGCUGGAGUUGGUGCAGGGAUGUUGGUUGAGGUUUGGAUUAACAAGAAGAUCAAAGAGGAUGGUGGUGUUGUCUGGGAGAUGGGCAAAUGAUGUUCAUGUACUUUCAUUGGUAACAAUCUAUUUUGUCUGGGAGAUGGGCAAAUGAUCUGCUUCAGUUCUGCUGCUUAAGCUGUAUUAUGGAAUUUAGCAUUGUUCCAGACUAUCUUUCUACUUCCUGACCAAGGCCACCAAACUAUGUUUUCCAAUGGUCUGUAGUGGCCAUUUUGUUAGGAUCACCAAUACUGCACUGGUAAGAAUUAUCUGAAACUUUGUCUGACUGUAGUAUCAUAUCAUGAGUGGUUAUUAAUGUAUCUCAGCGUCUUCUCUCCA